AUGAAGUUACUACUUUUAUUAAGUGCAAUAAUUGUGAAAAAUGUACUGUUAGAAAAUUGCCUCCAAUCUCGGAUACCAGAAGAUGGGAGACUCGACUUCACAGGCCUGGUCAGGAAAUACGGGUAUGUCGCUGAAGAAUACGACCUCAUCACACCUGACGGGUACGUCAUACAGCUGCACCGGAUAGUUGGAGACCACACAAGACCUGUUCUACUGAUCCACGGCGCCAUUAUAGCAUCAGACAGUUUCAUCAUCCGUGGGGAAACCUCCUUAGGCAUCAUCCUCGCCAGACAAGGUUAUGACGUCUGGGCCGUUAAUACCAGAGGAAACAGGUACUCCAGGCGUCACCUGACUUUAAACCCUGACGUAAACAAGGAGUUUUGGAACUUCGACCUCCACGAAAUUGCAUACUACGACGUGCCUCUUACCAUAGACUUCAUACUGUCAGAGACUGGAGUGAACAAACUGAAGGUAAUUGGUUACUCUCAGGGCACCACUGUAACGUUUAUCAUGGGUGCAACCAGACCAGAGUACAAUGAAAAAAUCAGCAUAUUCAUCGCCCUAGCACCAGUGCAUAUAAUGGAGAACAGUAGACCUCCCACGUCCACUGUGAUAGAAUAUAGUCCUCAGAUCAACCAAUUCUUGAUAGAAACUGAUAAUGAAGAAUUCAUGGGUUUCCACUCACCGUUCAAAAAAAUCUGGGAUUUCAUUUGCACGAAGAAUGUCACAGGAACCGAAAUAUGCUUAUACGGAGCCCUGUACCAACUUUGCGGGGUGGAUAUAGAUGAAAUAGAGGAUGAGUUCUUUCCUGUAAUAGUCGGACAUUUCCCAGCGGGUAGCUCUACUAAAGGAAUAAACCAUUUCGGACAAAUAGGCAGGAAGAAGGUGUUUGGACGGUACGACUAUGGACCGGAGAACAAUAAGAUUGUAUACGGGUCGAGUUUGCCGCCUAGGUAUGAUGUCUCGAAAGUGAUAAUGAAGGUGGCUCUGUUUUUGGGAUUGAACGACAAGAUAGCGACGGUGGAGGAUGCGGCCCUACUGAGGAGGGAGCUGCCUAAUGUAGUGCUGUACCACGAGGUGGAGCGACCUCUGUUCAACCACCUGGAUUUUAUAUGGGGGAAGAGUACUUACAAAACUCUAUAUCCACUUGUAUUGGACACGUUGGAAAAAUAUGGAUAG